AUGGCUGGUCAAUCGAAACUUUCCCCAUGGGGCAGCGCUGUUGCAGGCGCAACGGGCGCAGUGUUGGCGAAUUCUAUUGUAUACCCAUUGGACUUGAUCAAGACGAAGUUACAAGUCCAAGUCAAAGCGAAGGAUGGCGAGGAAGACGACAGCGAACACUAUGAGUCGACUCUGGAUGCUAUCACCAAGAUUGCGGAGAAGGAGGGUAUCAGUGGCCUAUACUCUGGAAUCGCGGGCUCACUUCUAGGUGUGGCAUCUACCAAUUUUGCCUAUUUCUACUGGUACAGCGUCGUCCGUACUUUGUACAUGGCCUCCAGCAAGGCAUCGAAGACCCCUGGAACGGCCGUCGAAUUGAGUCUUGGCGCCGUCGCGGGCGCUGUAGCUCAGAUCUUCACUAUCCCCGUUUCUGUCAUUACCACUCGGCAGCAGACACAACCCAACAAUGAGAAGAAGAGUCUGUAUGAGACCGGUCGGGAGGUGGUAGAGAGCGAGGAUGGCUGGUCUGGUCUGUGGCGUGGCCUGAAGGCUAGCUUGAUCCUGGUCGUCAACCCUGCUAUCACCUAUGGUGCUUACCAGCGACUGAAGGAGAUUAUCUUCCCCGGCAAGAACAACCUGAAGCCCUGGGAGGCAUUUCUACUCGGUGCCAUGUCCAAGGCUCUGGCGACUAUUGCUACUCAGCCUUUGAUUGUUGCCAAGGUUGGCCUGCAGUCUCGUCCGCCACCCGCUCGCAAGGGUAAGCCCUUCAAGACCUUCGGAGAGGUCAUGAAGUACAUUGUCGAGAAUGAGGGUGUGCUUUCCCUUUUCAAGGGUAUUGGGCCGCAGAUCACAAAGGGCCUUUUGGUGCAAGGUCUGUUGAUGAUGACCAAGGAGAGGAUGGAACUGGCCUUCAUCGUUCUUUUCGCCUACCUCCAGAAGAUCAAGAGGGAGAAGUUGAAGAAGGCAGCCGAGGCUGUUGCAGAGACGGCCAAGACAAGCAUGCCUGCAACUCUGAAAUAA